AUGAAACACUUCUCCGUGGCUCCGUGUUCACCGACGAAGCCCCGCGGCCCGCUCAGCUCUACCCGUCGCGCGACUCCCUACAUCCAGCGGGCAGACGCCGUCGCCCUCGUCUACUCUGUGACCGACCGCAGCAGCUUCGAGCUCACGGGCGAGCUGCACGAGCAGGUGCGUACGCUGCGGCCAGACGCCCGCGCGCCCGUGGCGCUGUUGGCGAACGAGGCGGACCUGCUCCACACGCGGCAGGUGGAUGGGCACCAGGGCCCCAUCUACGAGGUGUCGGCCAGUGAGGACUACAGCCAGGUGCACGGCGCCUUCCAGCUGUUGUGCCGCGAGCUGUGGAAGCAGUUGGCCGGGGGGGGGGGGGGGGGUGGGGCUGAGAAGCGGCGCUCCCCCCUUCUCCCGCAGCCCAGGUCACCCAACACGCAGGAUCUGAAGCGGCGCUUCAAGCAGGUGCUCUCGGCCAAAGUGAGGACCGUGACCUCACCGUGA